GCCACACAAACAAGGCUUCUUUUAACUCACCUGAUCCUGAGACCAUAUAGCCUCAGUAAAAUAUGAGUCUCAGAAAACUGGCGCUCAACUUACUGACACCAGGUUGUUUCAAAACCAACAAACCAAUCUCAGAUCAAAAAUCCCAGACGUCGAAAGAAAUCUAUUCGCGGAGAUUGUCACUCUCCGAUGUGAGUAAUUCAUCAAUCUGCACUGUCCUCAGUGAUCUGUCAAAUUCACUUAUUGGAUCAAACCUUCAUAUCUUUACACAGAAGGAACUCAAAAAGAUUACCCAAAACUUCUCUAAGAGCAACUAUCUUGAUGAAGGUGGGUUUGGGAAGGUAUACAAAGGGUUCAUUGAUGACAAGCUUAGGCCUGGGUUGGAAGCUCAACCUGUGGCUGUUAAGGUGUUGGAUUUAGAUGGCAAACAAGGACAUCGGGAGUGGCUGGCUGAAGUGAUUUUUCUUGGGCAAUUGAAGCACCCCAAUCUUGUUAACUUGAUCGGCUACUGCUGCGAAGACGAACAUAGGCUUCUUGUGUAUGAGUACAUGGAGAGGGGCAACCUAGAAAAUCGACUAUUCAAAUGUUAUGGUGGAACCCUGCCUUGGUUAACAAGAAUAAAAAUAGCAAUUGGAGCUGCAAAAGGCCUCAGCAGCCUCCAUGAAGAAGAAAAGCAAGUCAUAUAUCGAGAUUUUAAGGCUUCAAACAUCUUACUAGACUCUGAUUACACAGCCAAGCUCUCUGAUUUCGGUCUAGCCAUAGAUGGCCCGGAAGGAGAUGAAACGCACAUUACAACGUGUGUCAUGGGCACUCAUGGCUAUGCAGCUCCAGAAUAUGUCAGGACAGGUCAUUUAACGACUAUGAGCGAUGUCUAUAGCUUCGGUGUAGUUCUUUUGGAGCUACUAACAGGUAGAAGGUCCGUGGAUGAGAGCCGCCAUGGUAGAGAACAGAACCUGGUGGAGUGGUCUAAACCAUUUUUGAAGGACUCACAUAAACUUGACCGUGUGAUGGACCCGGGACUCGAGGGUCAGUACUCAACCGAAGGUGCUAGGAAAGCAGCUGCAUUAGCUCAUCAGUGCCUUAGCCAUAACCCCAAGUGUAGACCAACAAUGAGCACUGUGGUCAAGACCUUAGAGCCUCUGAUGGAUUUGAAUGACAUUCCAAUUGGACCCUUUGUGUACGUUGUUCCAACUGAGGAAAAAAACAAAGCUCCCGCGUAUAAAAUUGAAAGAGAGGGUCAAGCUGAGUGUGAAGUGGUGAAAAAUGGGAAAAAUGGUGAGGAAAAAGAGGUGGAAGUGAAAGCGAAGGGUCGCCACAGGAGCCGAAAAGGUCAUCGGUAUAGAAAUCGGAUUAAGUCAUUGAGGUCUAGCACUGUUUAUUCUGAUACAGCUCUGUAUAGAAUUCUUGGAACUGGUUUAUACUCUCCCAAAUAAGCAUUCGAGACAAUUAGGAGAACAAACACAGAAGAAGAAAAGAAAAACUAUAAGCAUAUAUGUGUACCAUAAUACAUUAGGGUUGUUUUAUUUGUUGCACUUUGUUGGAGAUCUUCCCUUGUGUAUGAUGUUCAUGUGGGGUCUUUGGCUUCAGAGUUUUUGUAGCUUC